AGUCCCAUUUAGCUGAAAGAUUACCGCAAUUGUGAACACUCAGAGGAAGAAUUAGGAUAUGCACGUUCAUGAACGUGAGUGGCGAAAAUUCUGAAAUUAUCUCAAUUAGUCUGCAACGUCUGCUGUCUUAAAGCGACAUCAAUACGGACAUGACAUCAUGCACACCGUGUUUCUGAUCAUGGCGGUGUUUGGGACGGUAACCAAAGGCUGGGCGGACACAGGGGAUGACGAAAGAUUGUAUCAGCACCUUUUCAAGGACUAUAAUCCGCUCAUUCGACCAGUGGUCAACAUCUCAGACACCAUCGUCGUUCAAUUUAAUCUGGCCCUGAGCCAGAUAAUAAAUGUGGACGAGAAGAACCAGAUUAUGAAAACUAACGUCUGGCUACAAGUGUACUGGGAUGACUACCAGCUGAAAUGGGACCCGAAGGACUACGGAGGGAUCGAGGCGCUGCGCAUCCGACCAGAGAAAGCAUGGACCCCGGAUAUUGUGCUGUUUAACAAUGCGGAUGGAAAUUACGAAGUUUCCUACAGAUCGAAUGUCAUCGUGUACAAAGAUGGCGCAGUUAAUUGGAUACCCCCAGCGAUCUACAAGAGUUCUUGCACAAUAGAUGUACAGUACUUUCCUUUUGACGAGCAAAUCUGCGACAUGAAGUUCGGUUCUUGGACCUUUAAAGAGGACCAGCUGAACUUCACCUUCUACAUGAACAUGAAUUCCCUCGACGUCACCGACUACUUGAAGAGCGGCACGUGGGAUAUCCUCGACAGUCCCGCCAAGAUCGAACGCGUGCCACAUCCGGUCACUGGCGAUUAUAAAACCAUGGUCAUAUUCACUUUCAAAUUGCGGCGCAAAACUCUAUUCUACACUGUUAAUCUUAUAAUACCGUGUGUAUUGAUCAGCUUUGUUACUAUAUGCGUGUUUGCCUUGCCAGCGGACGCAGGGGAGAAAAUAACGCUCUGCAUAUCUAUUCUUCUCGCAUUGGUUGUGUUUCUUUUACUAAUCUCUAAAAUUCUGCCGCCGUCGCUGACUAUCCCUCUGGUGGCGAAAUAUUUACUGUUCACUUUCAUUAUGAAUAUAGCAGCAAUAUCAUUAACAGUCAUCGUCAUCAAUAGAAACUAUAGGACGCCGCGCACAUACCAGAUGCCUUACUGGGUGAGAUUGGUCUUCCUGAAUUAUUUGCCACGUCUUUUGUUUAUGGAGCGACCGGGCCACAGCACGAGAUGGCGACCCCCGGAAGACCAUCGCGUGGGACAUUCGGAAGACACGCCGCAACGGACACCACGUGGCGUGAACUCCAGGUCACCAGAUGUUACGCAGUAUUUACCACACUCAUGUGGAGGACAGUAUGAGAAUUUAGUUGAAUCUGUUGAGUUACCGGAACUCCGCAACCACUCCCCCUGCCGUUUGACGGUUUCGCCCGUUCGAGAGCUGCAUCCGCGUGUGACAAGCUACGAGGAUGAGGCCAUUGCACAACUGUCGCCCGAAAUCUUAAAAGCAGCUGAAGCCUUGAGGUUCAUUAGUCGGCAUCUGAAAAACGAGGACGAAUACAACACGGUUUUGGAUGACUGGAAAUACGUAGCGAGGGUAAUAGACCGCCUCCUUCUCUACAUAUUUCUCUGUGUGACCGUAUUGGGCACGGUGUGCAUCCUCAUGCAAGCGCCGCACAUCCUAGAGUAUGUCGAUCAGGAUCAGAUCAUUCAGGACAUCAUCAGCAAGUGGGUUCUCAAACCACGUGACCCGUGACCGGAAGUAACGUCGGUUGCCAUAGAGGCGCGCUCGUGUAUGUGGCCGUAUAUGAUGCAGGGAUAUGCAUAUAAUCGAAUAACCCUUUGCUCGUUGGCUGACUAUUCAACGUUAUGUUCAUCAACGUAUGCUAUAUGACGGUGUUGACAUAGAUACAUCAGUAUUGAUUAACGUGGUGAGAUGUGUGCGACUGUGCAGAUUUGAUUGGAGACAGAAUCGACAGAGUAAGGCGGUGGGUUCGAACGAUACACUCAUGUGUGUUAUUCAGAAUUUAUUCACAGGCGCUCGAUGACAAUGUUUCUUUUAAUUUAUUCAAAUAUUUUUUGUUUUUUUUUUAGUUACCCGUUGUUUAUUAUAAUGCAUACACAUACUAAAUCAAUAAAAAUAUUUCGACAAAACGGCAUCUUAAAAAAGAUAGCUCGACUAUGUAUAUAGAUGUUGACAAGGUAAAUCACUCGCCAUUUUCUCAAUAUCUAUAUACAAAGUCGAACUAUCCUCUUUUUAAGAAGACAUUUUGUCGGAAGAUUUAUAUUGAUUUAGUAUGUGUAUGCAUUAUAAUAAACAACGGGUAACUAAAAAAACCCAUAAAAAACAACAAAAAACAACAAGAUUGCCAUACAGCGCCUGUGAAUUUAUUGUUAUCAUAAUUGAUUAUCACCAAAGAUUUUCCAACUGUCAUUGUAGUUUACAUGUGUGUAUUAGUUAUGAAAGGCAAGGGGAAAUUGCUUAUGAAUGCACGGUUGCGAGUUAGUUUUCUACAAGAGGUCAUAGAAGUGCAUGCUUGUUUAUUAUCGUAACACAUUGUAUAUUCUGAUAAGACGUUAACUAAUUGAUAAUGACUGGACAUUU